GUGGGCAACCCCUGCUGUCUAGGGGGUGCUUUAAGGGGGGAAAGUGUGGAGUCAAAGCAAGGGUGGGGAAAACUCUGGCUCUAGAGCAGGGGCUCCCAACCUUGGGCCACCCAGGUGGUCUGGGACUACAACUCCCAGAGACCCCAGCCAUCACAGCUGAAGGGAAUGGUAAUCAGGAACACCUGGGGGGACAGGGUUGGGAGACCUUGCCCUGCCUAGAGCAAACUAGCUUAGGACUUCUAAGGUCUCACAGGUAGUAAACUGAGGAGGGUGAUGGUUUUAAGCGCUGGGAGAGGGCCGAGGCUUCCUCGGUCAUGGACUCAGUGGCAGUUUGUAGCCAAAGGAAUCUGUAGACCAGCAAUGGCUGCUGAAUCCCCCCGCCGACCGAGCCGAUGUACUGGAGGAAUCGUGGUUCGUCCGCAGGCUGUCACGGAACAGUCAUAUAUGGAGAGUGUUGUUACAUUUCUGCAAGAUGUUGUACCACAGGCUUACAGUGGCACAACUCCAAUAGAGGAAAAAGAGAAAAUUGUAUGGAUUAGAUUUGAAAAUUCUGACUUGAAUGAUAUAGCAAGGAAUGUGGAACUGCAUGAGAUGCACAGCACUGGCAACGAACCUCCUUUACUGCUAAUGAUUGGCUACAGUGAUGGGAUUCAGAUAUGGAGUAUACCUAUCAGCGGGGAGGCUCAAGAACUCUACUCGGUUAGACACGGCCCAAUCCGAGCUGCGCGGAUCCUGCCGUCUCCGCAGAUCAGUCCUCAAAAGUGUGAUAACUUUUCUGAGAAGAGACCUCUUCUGGCCGUUUGCAAAAGCAUUGGAUCUUCUGGCACCAGCCCUCCUUAUUGUUGUGUCGAUCUCCACUCAUUGCGAACGGGUGAAAUGGUCAAAUCAAUUCAGUUCAAAACACCCAUCUAUGACCUCCACUGCAACAAGAGGAUCCUUGUGGUCGUCUUACAGGAGAAAAUAGCUGCCUUUGACAGUUGUACCUUCACCAAGAAGUUCUUCGUCACAAGCUGCUAUCCUUGCCCAGGGCCCAACAUGAAUCCCAUAGCUUUAGGAAGCCGGUGGCUAGCCUACGCCGAAAAUAAGUUGAUCCGAUGUCAUCAGUCCCGUGGAGGGGCCUGUGGCGACAACAUUCAGUCUUAUACCGCCACAGUCAUCAGCGCAGCCAAAACAAUAAAAACUGGGCUCACAAUGGUCGGGAAAGUCGUGACGCAGCUGACCGGCACUUUGCCCUCAGGAGCAACAGAAGAAGAGAUCUUAGCCCACAGCAACACUCGGCGCAGUCCCUUGGUGCCUGGAAUCAUCACAGUUAUAGAUACAGAGACCGUUGGAGAAGGGCAGGUGCUUGUGAGUGAGGAUGUGGACAGUGAUGGCAUAGUGGCUCACUUCCCAGCACACGAAAAACCCAUCUGUUGUAUGUCUUUCAACCCAAGUGGUAUGCUUCUAGUCACGGCAGAUACACUUGGCCAUGAUUUCCAUGUCUUCCAGAUUCUGACCCACCCUUCAUCAUCUUCACAAAGUGCCGUCCAUCACUUGUACACAUUACACCGAGGGGAGACAGAAGCCAAAGUCCAAGACAUCUCCUUCAGCCGCGACUGCCGCUGGGUGGUAGUCAGCACUCUACGAGGUACCUCUCAUGUCUUCCCCAUCAACCCCUACGGAGGGCAUCCCUGCGUCCGCACGCACAUGUCGCCACGAGUGGUCAACCGGAUGAGCCGCUUCCAGAAGAGUGCGGGGCUGGAGGAAAUUGAACAGGAGCUGACGACCAAGCAAGGGGGCCGCUGUAGUCCUGUCCCAGGCCUGUCAAGCAGCCCAUCUGGUUCCCCUCUUCAUGGAAAACUGAACAGUCAAGACACUUACAACAAUUUCACCAACAAUAAUCCCGGCAACCCUCGUCUUUCACCACUUCCAAGCUUGACUGUAGUGGUACCUCUUGCUCAGAUCAAGCAACCCAUGACUCUGGGAACUAUCACCAAACGUACUGGACCUUACCUGUUUGGGGCAGGAUGUUUUUCCAUAAAAGCUCCAUGCAAAAGCAAACCAGCUCCACAAAUUUCACCCAGCAAAUCUGUGGGAGGAGAAUUCUGCGUCGCUGCUGUCUUUGGGUCAUCGAGAUCUUGGUUUGCAAGCAACCCGGGUCUUAAGAGAGAGAAAGAUCAGUCCAAACAGUUUGUGGUUGAGUCUCUCUACAUCAUCAGCUGUUACGGUACUCUUGUGGAGCAUGUCUUGGAACCUCGGCCACUCAGCACUGCGCCUAAGAUCAGUGAUGACACCCCACUGGAAAUGAUGACUUGCCCAAGGGCCAGCUGGACGCUAGUUAGAACUCCCCAAUGGAAUGAACUGCAGCCACCCUUUAACUUGAACCAUCCGCUGCUGCUCGCUGCAGAUUCCGUGCAGUGCUACCAGUAUCUUCUCGUUGGCUUGGUUCCACUUGGAAGUCCAGGACCCAUCACUCGUCAUGAAUCCUACGACAGCUUAGCAUCGGACCACAGUGGGCAGGAAGAUGAAGAAUGGCUUUCUCAGGUUGAAAUUGUGACCCAUACCGGGCCUCACCGCCGCCUGUGGAUGGGCCCACAGUUCCAGUUCAAGACCAUCCACCCUUCAGGCCAAACCACUGUCAUCUCUUCCAGUUCUUCAGUGCUCCAGUCGCACGGCCCAAACGAUACUCCGCAGCCGCUCUUGGACUUCGAUACAGAUGAUCUGGACCUGAACAGUCUCAGGAUCCAGCCUGUUCGCUCCGAACCCGUGAGCAUGCCGGGGUCGUCACGCCCAACUUCUGACCGCCGAGGAAUUCCAACAACCGGUGAUACUACCUCAGGUGCCUUUGACCGAAGUAUGACCCUCCUGGAAGUCUGUGGGAGCUGGCCUGAGAGCUUUGGGCUUCGUCACUUGUCUUCCAUGGAACAAACUGACGAGGGCCUUCGCGAACGGUUGGCCGAUGCAAUGUCAGAGUCACCUGGUCGGGACAUAGUGGGAUCUGGCACAGAGCUUCAGAGGGAAGGAAGCAUCGAGACGCUCAGCAACAGCUCGGGUUCCACCAGCGGAAGCAUUCCACGGACCUUUGACGGCUACCGAUCGCCUCUUCCGACCAACGAGAACCAGCCCUUGAGCCUCUUCCCAACCGGUUUCCCUUAAACGAGUCCCAGCCGUCCUGAACAAAAAUUAGACGGGCCGAGAACCCAAAACUUCCCACAAACUCUCCAUGUGCGUUUUAUCCCAGUGGUUGGCUCUCGUCUUGGAGGACGUCUUUGUGAUCCUGACGAACGUCGUUGACGUGUCUGCUUGCGGCCCUUCUGGAACUGUACAAAUUUUUUUUUUAACCAAAUAUCCUCCAUACCUACAUAGGCUGGAUAGCUCAGUGGU